AUGUUGUCAAAGCUAGUGAAGCUCAACAAUGGUUCCUAUCUCCCAUACAUGGGAUUGGGCACUUGGGAACUUACGAACGCCACCGAAGUCGUCAAGGAAGCCCUGAAAAUUGGAUAUCGCCUAAUCGAUACCGCAGUCUUAUACGGUAACGAGAAGGAGUGCGCUCAGGGCGUGCUGGAAUGGAUGAAGGAGGACCCGGAACACAAUAGAAGAGAACAUGUUUGCUAUAUCACUAAGCUGUGGACAAAUCAGCACGGCUACCAAAACGCCAAAAAAGCAAUCAAAGGGUGUUUGGAGCAGAUCGAUGGCCUGAAAUAUAUUGACUUGCUCCUGAUUCAUGCUCCUACACAGGGCAAGAAAAUGAGACUCGAAACAUAUCAGGCCAUGCAGGAGGCGGUUGAUGAGGGUGUUGUGAAAUCAAUUGGUGUGUCCAACUACGGCAUUGACCAUCUGAAGGAGCUCUUAUCCUGGCCAGGUCUCAAAUACAAACCUGUGGCCAACGAGAUCGAGGUUUCUCCGUGGUGCAUGAGACAAGAACUCUGCAACUUUUGCCGCGCAAACGACAUCGCCGUUAUCGCAUAUGCACCAUUUUCUCAUGCGAACCGCAUCAACGACCCUGAUGCCGUUGCAAUUGCCAAGAAGAAAGGCGUCACCCCUGCGCAGGUUCUCGUUAGAUGGUCUAUUCAAAAAGGUUACAUUCCUAUCCCUAAAACUAAGAAUUUAGACAGAUUGGCCACCAACUUUGAUGUCCUCUCGUUCGAACUGUCAGAUGUGGAGAUGAAAACACUCGAUCACCCAGACGUUCACGAUCCUUCCGACUGGGAGGUCACCACAUGUCCAUGA